AUGGGGCCUGCUCUCCGCAGCCACACAAAAGCCCCCAUCGUUACUUCACACGCUCUCUCUGUAGCCAUGGUUACUGGACACAAAAGCAGCCCGGUUGCGUCCCAGGAACCAACGGAAUGCCAGGAGCCAGACAAAGAAGUCGGUCCAGGAGAAAAAGAGGGGAAUUACUGGGUGCAAACGUUUUCCUUUCGGCUCCUGCGAUGGUCAGGACUGAGAAAAGGGCAGCCCGGCCCAGGCUGGGAGCCUCAAAUUGGAGAGCGAGGGUGAGGAGAAGGUCCUCUGAACAAACACGGACUUUCCCUAUUCUGAUGUAGCUCCUCUUUGCCUCCUAACCCGCCUCCCCGGGAGGCAGACAAAGAAAAGGAGCGCGUUCCCGGUCCCCCCCUUCUGAAAAACGGGAUAAAUUUCUGAGAUGACCUUGCAACUCUCCAAGGGAGUCCAAGAAGUUGGGUCUGUUCUCAACCCUCUCUCUCUCUGGCCACCCGCUCUAAACUAUAAGCAAAGGAGGGCAUAAAUUCCCUCGCAAAAGUGGGCGCGAUCGCACACAGAGAUUCCUCACGGGAACCACCUCUUAGAAAGCCAAGAAUCGGGGCCUUUUGUUGCGGGAAGCCACCUGCGGCUGACGCCCACCUAGGGAACUUCCUCGCCCUGCUCUUCCUUACAGCGUUGUCCCCACCUACCAGCAUCUACAAGACACAAAGCUUUGCAAAAGAAUAAAGUGGCCGAACUCUUGCUUCCACAUCCAGAGCAAAGGGAAAACAUUAUUACAGUGUUGGGUUUGCUUACUUUUGUUUGUCUGUUUGUUUUACGCCUUCUGCAGCUUCAAAAUAGCCCGCGCACGUGCUCUUGAAGAUGAGCUCUCUGCACGGAGGCUUAAAGCGGCUCCUGAAUUCGGCACUCAGCGGAAGGUGCAAAAAAUCGGAGCCAGUACCGUGAAAGUGGGGAAGAGACGCCGGCUCAAGAGCUACUUACCGCAAAACCAAAGGGAGAGGGAGAUGGGCAGCAGCAGCAGCAGCAGGAACAGCCGGGAGUCCAUGGCCGGCUGGCCGGCGAGCGCCUUGUGGUCCCCAGGCGAAGGUAGCCUCAAGGAUGGGUCCUGGUCAAGCUUGCCCCCGACGCCCCGCGCAUCCCAGCCUCAAGUGGCCAUGCUCCGGAAUGCUGAGCCGCUUGCCGACUCCAUGCUUUGCUACAAACAGGCUGCUGGACAGACUCGCUGUCCACUCGCCACCCUGCUCUGGAGCAAAGGGAAAACGGAGACUGGAUCACAUGGACUGGAGGGGCAGGAGAGAGUCAUGUGCUGGGCAUUGCUAAAGAGUAGCGUGCAAGGAGGCGCCCUCCGCUGCGGCCUUAGAGGAUGAAGGGGCGAGACUUGGGGAGAGGGGAGGCUGCGCCCUUUUAUCAGCCAAAUCUUAAACGCCUGCUCUCAUUACUUCUUGUUUCGCCAGGCCUAUGCAGGCAAAAAAGAGUACAGC